AUGCCCGCCAGACUCGCAGUUCCUCUGCCGACAGGCAAGCUGACAAACAGAGGACAUGGAACCUACGUUGAAAACGACACGAUCACGUCGUCGGUCGCGGGCACGCUGGAGCGCGUGAACAAGCUGAUCAGUGUUCGACCGCUGAGCACUCGUUAUGUGCCUGAAGUUGGAGAUCUGGUGAUCGGCCGCAUCGUCGAGGUUGCGGGACAACGUUGGAAGGUUGAGGCGAACGCGCGUCAGGACGCCGUGCUCAUGCUGUCAUCCGUGAACCUGCCCGGAGGAGUGCAGAGGCGAAAGGUCGAAAGCGAUUCGCUGAAGAUGCGCGAGUUCCUCGCUGAAGGCGAUCUGCUCGUCGCCGAGGUGCAGGCGUUCUUCUCGGACGGCGCAAUGUCUCUCCACACCCGUUCUUUGAAGUACGGCAAGCUGCGCAACGGCAUGUUGCUGUCGCUCUCUCCGCGUCUGAUCCGACGACUCAAGAGUCACUUCGUGCACCUCCCUGCGCCCUGCGGACCGCACGGCGUCGACGUCAUUCUCGGCCUGAACGGCUAUGUGUGGGUAUCGCUGGGCUCGAAACAGUCGAGGGAGGGCGCCGAGGGCCUGGAGUCGGAAGGCGUGUACCGAAACGACAACGACGAGAUGGACGCCGAGGACCGCGCGGCGAUCACGGACGUCGCAAACGUGAUCUCGAUGCUGGCAGCACACGACGUCCCGCUGUCCGACACGCUCAUCGCUGAGGGAUACGCUUGGCUCAGAGAAGUGGGCGUCACACCAGGCUCCCCCGCCAGCAAGGAGCUGGGCGACCGCCUCGUUCGCGAGCUGGCCCUCACGGAGUAA